CACGAACUGGACUCCGCAAAAUGAAGUCUUUAAAAGCUUCGACCGCCGCAGAUCUAAACCCCGCAAAUUUUGGGUAAACAUUGUGUUGUGGUUUGGCCAUCGGAUUGAAGCCCGUCGUUCCAUAAUAGAAGGUCUUUCAUCAUUCACUUUGGAAGCCUCUUUGGAAGCCACGUGGCAAGGAAUAACCAUGCAUUUUCUUGGCCCCAUUCUUCUACUUGCUGCAUUUCCGAGCUCGAUCUCUGCAGCAAGUCUCAUUCAACAAUAUCCAGCACUUCAAGUAGACUUGGGGUACGCCGUAUAUACAGGCGCCUUUGAUGCAUCGGCAAAGUUGAACACAUGGAAGGGAAUCCGGUACGCCGCCGCUCCCAUUGGCCCCCUUAGAUGGCAAGCGCCUCGGGCUCCCGUCACCAAUCGUACCAUCACUCCAGCCACAGAGUUUGGUCCAAUCUGCCCGCAAAAUUAUCCAUCAGUGCCGAAUGCCCCCUUCAUUCCUGGAAAUGAGGAUUGUCUCUUCCUCAAUGUUUAUGCUCCGUCAAAUGCCAUUAAACAGCCCGUCUUGGUUUGGAUCCAUGGCGGGGGCUACGGCUAUGGGGAUGCUUCCCAGGACAUGACUGAGAUCAUUGCCGCAAAUAACAAUGGCUUUGUUGUCGUCGCUCUACAGUACAGGCUCGGAGCAUUCGGAUUUUUGUCCUCGGCGGAGGUUAAGAGGAAGGGAGUUGUGAACGCCGGCCUGUUGGAUCAAGACUAUGCUCUCAAAUGGGUUCAAAAGAACAUCCAUCUGUUCGGAGGGGACAGUUGCAGCGUCACCAUUGCUGGGAAUUCGGCUGGUGCUGGAUCGGUUAUGUAUCAUGCAUUAACCAAUGGUGGCACAUCAGGAACGGCACUCUUUCAAAAUGCCAUCGUAUCGUCGCCAUAUUUGCCAGUACAAAACAACUACGAUGCAACCUUCCCUACGCAAAGGUUUUACGAUUUCUCCGUAGCCGCAGGCUGUCCGUCUUCGGGUUCUGUCUUUGAUUGCCUCCUGUCUAAAGACUCUAUGACUCUUCAGCAAGCCAGCUCUCAAAUAUCGACAACCCAGACAUAUGGCACUUGGGCCUUCCUACCCGUCACAGACGGCACGUUCAUCAAGCAGCUCCCAUCCAAACAGCUACUCGCUAAAAAAGUUAAUGGCAAGAGAAUCCUUGUCGGGAGCAACGCAAAUGAAGGGGCUCUCUUCGUACCCCCUACUAUUUCUACAGAAGCAGAUCUGGUUGCUUGGCUACAUCUCGAGUUUCCUAACGUCUCCGACGGCGAUGUGGCCAAGAUUCUCGCUGCAUACCCAAGCUCGUCUGGACCCGUCAAUCCUAAUGAUCCCAUGUUUGCAACAACUGGGCUUGGGCCAGCGACGGCCCUAAACGUUAGCCAAGUUGCGACAGGGCAGCAACAGAGAGGAAAUAAUAUCUACGCCGAGGCAACAUUCGUUUGCCCCUCGUACUGGCUAGCAUCCGCGUAUACAGGCAAUGGCCGAACCGCAUACAAAUACCAGUACAGCGUACCAUUUGGAGGCCACACCGAUGAUUUGCCCGCUGUCUUCGGACCUGCCCAGCCAAAUCAUAGUGAUAGCUUUGUGGCUGCCUUCAGGAGUAUAUGGGGCAAAUUCGUAACCACCUCCAACCCGUCCAUAUCUGCCGCCCUCGCAAGUGGAGGCCAGCCCACUACAUCAUCGGCACCUAAUCCUGUUACCAAAUUCCCGGCCUGGACGGCGUCAUCACCACAGCAGAUCAAUCUCAACAUUACGGGCGGCACGCCAUACACGGCCAUCACGUUGUUCGGCGCAACGGUAACUCAGUUUCAGGAACCAGGUUUGAAGAACGCAUUUUCCGUCGCCAGUGCGAAUACGUGGGAGGGAGGAAGGGGUACAAGAUGUGAUUUUUGGCGAACUAUAGCCGGGAAAGUUCCCAUGUAAUUAUAAUGCAUAAAGAC